UCUUUCCUAUAAAUCAAGAAAGAGUCUUUUUGAGUAGGGGGACCUUCUCCGUACUCUACUCACACCUGACACCCACUUUGGAAACUUGGUUUGGAACUUCUAGCAAAGCAAAACAAGAAAAACCCAAGUGGAAGAAGGGAUAGAUCAGCUUGAAAGAGAAUGCUCACAACAAAGCCAGAUCUAGAGCCAAAAAAGAAAAAUUGGCAUCGUAGACGUAACAAUAUAUAACGUUUCUUAUCCGCAGUUGAAUUCAAGGACAUUUCUGCUGGAAAGCCUUGCUGAAUAAGAAUAGGAACUUACUCAAUGCAGGCAUCUCAGAAACAAGGAAAUCGAGAUGGGUACCACGGGCCAUAUUACCAGCCUAUGCAAGAACUUGAGUCCUAUGCCUGGCCUCCCUCCCAUAAUCUAGACCACAGCUUAUUCUCGGAUGAUGGAAGCCAAUCCACAGCACCAUUUGGUUACCCUUUUCAUAACUCCCCAUCUACUGGCAGUUCCGUCUCACAGCCAGAUUAUCAGUCAAAUGCAUCUGACCCGAAUCAUUCCCCUGACCAUCCUAUCAGCUCAGCGGUAAGUGGGAUUUGCUCAACAGAUGAUUUCAAUGACUUGAGGCACAAGCUAAGAGAGCUGGAGACAGCUAUGUUGGGACCAGAUUCUGAUAUCCUCGAAGCAUGUAACAAUAUGUCCGUUCUGGGUGAACCCAAUCAAAUUUCUUUGGAGACGGACAAGUGGGAACAAGUGAUGGAGACAAUCAACAGAAGAGACUUAAAAGAAAUGCUCAUCGAGUGUGCAAGAGCUGUAGGGGAAAAUGAUCCACUAACAACCGAAUGGUUGAUGUCAGAGUUACGACAGAUGGUAUCGGUUUCUGGAGAUCCGAUCCAACGAUUAGGAGCGUACAUGUUAGAAGGGCUUGUUGCGAGGCUCGCUUCCUCAGGAAGCACCAUUUACAAAGCCCUUAAAUGCAAGGAGCCCGCCGGUUCUGAACUCCUCUCUUACAUGCACUUACUCUAUGAAGUGUGCCCUAUAUUUAAGUUUGGAUAUAUGUCUGCUAACGGGGCGAUUGCUGAGGCAAUGAAGGACGAAAAUGUAAUUCACAUAAUCGAUUUUCAGAUUGCUCAGGGCAGUCAGUGGGUAACCUUAAUCCAGGCUCUUGCAUCUCGGCCUGGUGGGCCCCCAUGGAUCCGUAUCACGGGUAUCGAUGAUUCCACCUCAGCUUAUGCCAGGGGAGGAGGACUUGAUAUUGUGGGCCAGAGGUUAUCCAGGUUUGCAGAAUCCUGUAAAGUACCCUUUGAGUUUCAUGCCCUACCUGUUUCCGGUUCUAAGGUUGAGCUUCAAGAUCUUAGGGUUAGGCCUGGGGAACCACUGGCGGUUAAUUUCGCAUUCAUGCUGCACCACAUGCCCGACGAGAGUGUUGGCCCUCAGAACCACCGGGACCGACUCUUGAGGCUGGUUAAGAGCUUAUGCCCUAAAAUUGUGACACUUGUUGAGCAAGAAUUCGACACAAAUACCACCCCUUUCUUUCUGCGUUUUGUUCAUACAUUAAACUAUUUUGCGGCUGUUUUUGAUUCGAUCGAUGUGACACUACUGAGGGAGAGCAAGGAGCGGGUAAAUGUUGAACAACAUUGUUUGGCUCGGGAGAUUGUCAAUGUAAUAGCUUGUGAGGGGGCUGAGAGAGUGGAGCGCCAUGAGCUUCUUGGAAAAUGGAGAUCAAGGUUUACCAUGGCUGGGUUUGUGCCAUACCCACUGAACUCUAUGGUGAAUGCUACAAUCGGGACUCUGCUAGAGAGCUAUAGUGGGAAGUAUAGGCUUGAAGAGAGAGACGGGGCUUUAUAUCUUGGCUGGAUGAAUCAAGACUUAGUUGCCUCUUGUGCAUGGAAGUGAGAAUCCAAUGGUAUUCAAAGCGUGUCUCCUAUGUCUCAGUUGGCAACCUGCGGUAAUUCUUUCUUGAUUUCAUCUUCACAGGUUGUGGAUGUUUACAGCCUUUUGUUCAAUUAUGUAUCACGUGAUAAUAAAUAAGCUUUUACUGAAACA